GACACAUAACUCGUUUGUUUUCAGACUUUGCUAACUUGCAUCUUCCCACAAUAGAACAAUGUGGUGUAGUAUUCAGAUUUCAUUUAACCUCUCCACUAAAUAAAAACUUUACUUUUUUCAUUUGUUUUAUUUGUUCACCCAAUUAAUACUGAGUAGGUACCAUAUGCCAGGCACUGUUCUAGGUACUUCUAAGUGCCACCAGGAUCUUAACAGCCCUUCCUUAAUAGGGCUAGGUGUCUCUCUCUGUGUAUUACAGAAUAAACUCUAAGGCAGAACUUGCACUUUAGAUUCUCUCAGGUCCUCCUUGCAAAGAGCUAUACUUGAGCUUUGCCAUUCCAAAUUUUGAGAACUUGCAAGUAAAAUAUUAUAAACACUUUUUUUUUUUUACCAUUAUGGGUAAGGAGUGUGUGGUAUUCUGGCAAAUCAAAUAUUAAUAGAUAUUUUUAGUUGAGAAUAUACCAGAUGAACUUUUAACCAUAAUUGUGGCUCAAGUAAUAGUAAUGCUGUGUUUUCUUUAGUAUUGCAUCACAAGAAGACUGACUUUAAACAACAGACUGACUUUCAAGAACAAAUAAUUGGUUCUCUUAUGGUGAAGGGGGUUGUUGAAGAUGAGGCCAUCUCCAGUUUUUAAGUCACACGUGACUAGCUGAGUCUUGAACUCCUGGAGAAAUGCCAGUUGAGCUCUUAGUUCUGUUUAGCAACCCUGCUGUUCAUCCUGAACUGUUUUCUUUUUUUAUUUCCUACAGCUACUGUUCUAGACCUUUUACCACCAUUCUUCUUUAAAGUUCUAUUAAGUAGAGUCAGUGGGGAAACCUUUACUGUGUGAAUUCUUAACGUCGUUACCAUUGUGAUAUGCAUUCUGAAUCUCCAGAUAGGCGGUGGUGAAUGCUACUUAAUCGAAACUCAUAUGACCUUGGAACACCCCUCCCCCCCUUUCUUUUGAUGAAUACCUGUUAACAUAUGUAGAACACUGUUGAAAAUGAAUGUCUGUAUUCUGUUUUUCUUCCUGUUUAUUUCUUAAUCUAAUUCUGAUCUGCCUUCUUAACUAUCAAAUUGCCCAGUAAUCCAGCAAUUUCUCAGAACUGGAACCCUUGGAUGCUCCCCUGAAGACUUGCACAAUGCCUGUUACCAAGCAGAGGAUUAGGGAAGUGGUUGUUGAGUGGUGUGGCCACUCGUUAUCUUCAUAAUAUUUAAUGGACAAUAAGGGAAAGAAUAUAUUCUUUCAGAUGGGAAGGCAGACAGUAUCUAUUGGUUUCAUUCCAUUUUUAAUGGGCUUUUAAAAAUAUUUAUAUUAUUUUACACAUUUACGUAGAUAAGCCUCACAUACAUUUAUAUAAUCUGAGAUUUUUCCCAAUGGAUAUUUUGCCAGCUGUAUGAAACACAACAACUACAAAAAACUAUCAUGCCUUGAAAACCUUAGUUAUAGGCAGGUGGGUAAAAAUUCUAUAGGUAAAAACUAAAUGUUUACUUGCUUUUAUACUGAAUUUCAAAGCUUCAAAAAAUUUCCCCCCAAAAUGUCAGUGACAUAUGUAUAGACGGUAGCUUUAGUGUAUUUAUCCUUUCUCUCUCCCUUUCCCUGAGCCAUAGCUUCCAAGUUAUUUGAGAUGAUCAUUGCUUCAAACCCUAUAGUAGCCAGAGCAGGUCAAAGGCCUUAUGCUAUAUGAGUACCACUCCAUAAUCUAACCUCCAUUACUGAUGGCUUACCUCCAUAAUUUUUUACAAAUCAUCUAAUAUAAUCUAUUUUCCGGUUCCGGUUCCUGUUGAGACAGUUCCGACUCAUGAUGAUCCCAUGUGUUACAGAGUGGAAUUGCUCUCCCUAGGGUUUUAAGGCUGUGAAAUUUCAGAAGCAGAUCACCAGGCCUUUCUUAUGAGGCCCCUUUGGGUGAGUUUGAACCAUCAACCUUUUGGCGAGUGGUCAAGUGCUUAAUGGUUUGCUCUACCCAGUGACUCCAUCUGCUUAUCUCAUUUAAUAAAUGAGAAAAAGUAGAUAAUAAGUAACUUUCUAAUGGGGCUAAAAUUAGAGACUAGAGUUAGAACCAGGAGCCCAGUCUCUCUCAACCUUGUCUUACUUUGAGUUCCUUAGUUCAUCUUUCUAUGCAUGGCUAUGUCUGUGCAUAAGGAGGGCCGAACAUCCAUGGGUUAAGGAGAGCCUCUGAAUGUCUCGUUGCCUAAGUGGGCUAGGCCAUUCAGUAGGGCAGAGCCAGCACUGAUGACUUUGGGUGUUUGUCCUAGGUGUGUGUUCAUCACCAGGCUCCCAGAACAUGUGCAGCAAAUCAUUUAUAUGUCAAAUUCUUUGACUCAAGAAGUCUUUGAACACUUUUCAGUUUUAGUGAAAGCAUUUUUAUUUUCUUAUUAUGUAAGUAAUAUGUGUUCAUUAUAGAAAUUUUAGAAAAAAAUAAUACCCCCACACCAAACAAAACAACCAUUACAAAAGAUCACCUGUAAUGACACUACUCCAAGAUAUGGGUAGGGAUGUCUUAGGAAGUUUUAUCGGAAUUUUUAACAGGUGACCUGUCUCUUUGCUUCUUUUUUAUCACGAUGUUCUUAAGGAAAAAACGUACGAUUUUUAGGCAAGGUUUAAAUACGUCCACUUCACUGUUCUUAACAUACACCAGAUAGGAUUUUCUUCUCCACUGGGUCUCCACAGUCAGGGAGAUAAUAACUUACAGUCCUGCUUGAGAUUCUUUGAGGAGAACAGGAGCUCUGACUUCACUCUGCCUGUCAGGCCAUAAAUUACCGAAAAGGGAAAGCUGUGGUCACUUUUUAUUCCACAGCUAGAAUUGCAAGUCUCCUCAGUGUUGCGUUCAACCUUCAGUUAGUCUCUAGCUCAGUGACAAGACAGACUUGAACUGUAAAAAUAAUUUUACAUUUACAUUGGCUUGGGAGUUACACAUUAGGGCUACAAAGGGUGUUUUUAUUUUAGUAGAGUGAUCUUCAAAGCCAAAAGUGCAAAAAUUACUUUCAGUUAUUGAAAAUGAAAGUUAUUUUGAGACAAAAUUGAGUCUUUUAAAUCCCCUUUUUUUCUCUUCUGUUUGGAAUCAAGUCACAUUUUAAGAAUGUGCUAUGUAAAAUGGAACAAAAUUUUUAAAAGCUAGCAAUUCCAUUAAUUCACAAGUAUGAAUAUAUUAGAAUAUAAAUGACUACAACAACAACAAAGCCUUGUCCAUUAUUGUAAUAGAAAUGCCAGCACGCUCCUGGAAGCUUGGCAUUUCCAGCAGCAUGCGCGUUAAUGCUAACUGGGCAGGGUUUUAGUGCACGUGGUGGAAAUGCCAAACUUCCAAGAGCAUGUGGCAUUUCUGUUACAGUAAUGACGGUAGCAGGCACUCAAUAAAAGAAAUCACUGUAGUGCUUUAGAUACAUUUUCAGUUAUCUUUACAGCAGCCCUGCAAGAUAGGUAUUAUUAGUUCUUUUUUAUAGAUGAGAAAAUCAAGGCUAAAUUACUCACCUUAGCUCGUUUAGCUUAGUCUUGUUGGAGCCUGAAGGAAGACCGAUCUUUUUUUUUUUAGAAGGUUUCCAGUUCUCACUAAAAUCCUACCCGACCUUGUGUUAUACUGUAUAUCGUUGCCUCUAACUUUCUCAUGUAGGGUAUACUUUGCCUUAGGCCAAAAAUGUGUUACUGAGAUAGUUACCAAUAAUUUUUUUUUCUUUUUUUUUUGGUUAAUUGAAUUAUUUCAAAUAUAUGGAGAACCCCGAGGUAAGAAGCAGCCCUGGAACAUUGUAAAACAAUCUCUUUGUAAAAGUAAAUAUUCUCUGAUUUAUCAUUUUUUUAAUUUUUAUAUUUUAAUUCAGAUUUUUAAUGAAGAUUUUACUUAAAAUAGGAUGGUAUAGCUUUAAGUGUUAACAGUUGUGGAAGUAAUACAUUUUUGUUAUGAUAAAAUGCUGUUUUCAUUUUUUCCCUUAAUGAUCAGCUCAGUUUAAUAUCCCAUACCUGACAUCUUGGAAUGGGGAACAUUUAGGUUACAUAAUUAAUAAGGUAGAAAUUGUAUAAAUUUCUGAUGCCACAAGUUACAUAUUCUUCACUGUUCUACUUUGUUUACUGAAGUCUUUUGACCAAAAAAGCUUUGUUUAGUCUGUAAUUCUAAUCAUCUAGGUCAAUGGUUCUUAAAAUGUGGUCCCUGGACCAGCAGCAUCAGCAUCACCUGGGAACUUGUUAGAAAUGCAAAUUAAUCAGACCCCACCCAGGCCUACUGAAUCAGAAAUUCUGGGGAUGGGCCCUGCAAUCUGUGUUCUAACAAGCCACAUUCCCUUUUGAGAAUCACUGAACUGUAUGCUCCAUAUACUGAGAACAUUUGUGCAUUCUUUCAUCUAACAAAUGUUUCUUGAGUGCCUCCUCCAGGACAGAACUUUCACGGGGAAGGCACAGACCUCUGCUGUCUCCAAGCUACCAGACUAGCUGCGCUUAUAAGAGAGGAGUGGACUCUUAGAAAUAGCCUCUAGUGAAGUUAAAGUAUCCUGGGCUUGGGGCCAAAGCAUUUAGUUAUUUGUGACUUGUGUAAUGCAGGGUGGACAUUGCUUGGAAGAGCUCCAUGAAUUCCUUCAUUUGACAUAGUUACAAGGGCCUGGCAUGUUCCAAGAACUGUGCUGGAUCCUCAGGCUGCAGGGAUGAAAGAUGGUACUCUGCCUCCAAGGAUCCAAAACCUUAGCAAUGUUUUACUCAAGUGUCUGGAUCUAUCCAUUUGCCUUCCUUUAUCCUUUUAUGUCAUUUAUUUGUUGGUAUGGAAAGAUUUUAUUUGUGCAAGUUUAUCGUUUGAUUGCAGAACUCCAGUAUUCCUGCUAGUCUGUUAAAGGCCUAUUUAAUCCAAAGUGUGCACCACCACUGCUUCUCCAAGAGAACCUCAGGCUUUUCAUCUGUACAAAGGGGAAUAUGAUGCUUACUUUGCAGGGUGGUUGUGAAGAUUAAGCAGGUGAAAGCCUGGGCAGUGGGGUAAGGCAUUAGGAAUGGGUUUGGGCCAAAAUGUGGGGGUUGUGUUGGAUUGAGGUGUCAGGUUGGAGCUCCAGGGUGUAGGUGGAGGAAUUUGGCCUCUGAGGCUUACAUUCUCCCCUCCUGACUCCAAGCACGCCUUCUUGGCUUACCCUUUGGCUCUGGUAAACAGAAUUGGUCUCCAGAAUUUCCCCUUCACCCCUGGUUCCUGAAGCAAACAGCCAAGCAUUUCCUAAAGUUGUUUUGCUGUAAACAACAACAGGAAAUAAACAGGUGAAAGGAUUUUCUGCCCCUUCACCCUUUAGACCUGGGCCCCAGAAAGUAAGAGAGAGAUGUACAGAGGUGCUAAAAGCUGGUGUUUGGGUGCCAGAGGGCUCAAAUGAGGUUCUUCUGCACUUCAGAAGUUGGGGACCCAGGUGAGAGCUUGGGAGUGAGGAAGGAGAAGAGAGGGAGCACUGAGCUGCGAUGGGGGCAGAGGGGUAUGUGGACAGGGGCCGGGUGAGGAAGGCCUACAGAGCUGCCUGGCCUCUGAGAAUGGUGAAAGGCUGGAGUUGCUUUGCUUGUAUAAGGAAAGGUUGAUGUCAGAGAAAAUGGACUUUAAAAGAUUGGGGCCAAUUAUUUAAAUUCCUAAACAUGGCUUGAUGUUACUGUUGUGGGAAUACCUCAAAAAUUCUGCUUAGUUUUUUUAUCACCUACCUGUCCACCCACCUAAUCUGAUACUGGGCAACGUUUGUUUCCCUCAAAUAUACAUGUUAAGAUACAGAAAUACAUUCUGCAAUAUUACUUGGUGGUGGUGAUGGAGAACACUUAUGUACUUCAGAAGUUGAGAUGACACAGAAUGCUGUGAUGUUUUUUUGAAAAACCCCACUUAUUUCCUUUGAAGUAGGCAGUAUGUUAGUGUUCCUUCAAGAUGCCCAUUGCAGGUAGCUAAAUUAGUGGAUUAAUGUCUUAUUUUCAGAAAUCAUUUCUGAUGUCAAGCAAAGAUAUUCUGAUCAUGUGGAUCCUUGUAUGAAAUGGUACAAGAAUUGACAUUAAGGAGAAGACAAAAACAAUACUGAACAGAAUGCCGCUGGGAACUCUUGGUUGGGCCCAUCGAAUGCAUGCUCCGUAAAUUUUUAUGUUGUUUAUAUGGUGUGCUGUGGUUUACAGUCUGGUCUUUGCAUUAAUUUGCCAUUGUCUUUCUCUCAGAUAUUAAUGAAGUGUAGGAGUGAUUCCGUUUCAAAUAGGCAUUUUUUAAGGUGGACUUAAAAAUAAAGCUUUUCCUUUAAAAAAUAAUUUUUGUCAAAGAUGAAAACUGCUUCAUUAGUGAUUGCUGGCAGACUCUCCUAAUGUCUUUCUAUGAGCUGUUUAAGUUUAGUAUUAGAAAUUAGGACUAGAGGAUUUAAUUAGCCAGCUCACAGGAUGAUGCAGCCUCUUUAAUUUAGAAUUUUCCUUUGAGAAAAUUAUGUAGUUGAAGAAAGAAUAUGAUGUUUUAGACAAGUUGGUUUUAAAUUGAGUUGAUUGCCGCAGUUUUGGGCCUUUGUGUCUAUACUGCUGAUGUGGAAAUUGUGCAGGAUUUGAAUUAAAGCUUUUUUUUUAGCAUAACAAUUGCAAUGUGGGGUAUUGGAUUGUAUACAGUAGUUCGCAGAGUUCGGGAAGGCACACGUGAAGUUUUCCUGGCAAUGAUUAACUAUUUUGCCAGGAACGCAUAAUCAAGUAUUAGUUACUGUACAUUUAACCAACCUGGUGAGUUUAGUUAGCCAAUGAGUAUUUUGUUAUGAGAAUGUUAAAUGUUAACACUUUUGUAUUUUUAGACUGAGUUUUAAAAAUUACAAAAAAACCUCUCACAACCUUUGCCACCCUUUCAGCCAUAACAUUACAUUGCCUUGGUUUCUGCCUUUAAUUUCCCUGGGGGUUCUUUUUAUUUAGGAAAAGGGUGAAAGAUGUAUUUGUGUAAGCACUACAGCAGUGCCUCUGUUAAAUCCUUUUCAGCAAAGAAUAUGUUACUUGAGCAACUCAUGCACAGGGCACAUAUAUUUCUGAAAAGAGGUGCCCUGAAAGCAAUAGUUUCAGUGUGUGUGUUUAGUUCAUGUCUGCCAGUUUAUUUUAGCUUAGAAAUUUUCUAACGUUUUGAGUUUGUAACCAUGUUUCAGUAAAUUCAGCACAUGUAUAUAUAUACACACACACAAAAUGGCCAACCUUUAGAAAGUCUUUGUGUAUUUUAAAACAGCUGUCUUUCCAGUUCUGAUAUCAUGGGUCCCCUUGCCCCCUUAAAGAUGAAACUAAAAUUUAACCUCAGCUAUGGAAACUCAGCCCUCAAGGAAAGUUUAUUUUGGAACAUCAGUGAGGAAUUAAAUAUUCACUUUCUAGAAACCUUAAUUGAUCCUUGUUAAAGUGAAAUAUAUUUAAAAGACUUAAAUACGUGUUUCUGUAUGAGAAAUUUGCCCCUCAGUGUUGUCUCUGCUGAGUCUUAUUAGCCAUUGACCUACUGUAAAGAGCCAAGCUCAAAUAACACCUUUUCAAAGAUGAUUUGGAGGAGUCAUUUCUUCCAGGCCUUGGCACAGUGCAUUGUGAUAGCAGUUCUUCAGUUUUCUGGUCUCAGGACCCCUUUACACUCGUCGUUAUUGAGCACCUUAAAGUGGUUUUGCUUAUGUGGAUUAUAUCUGCUGAUAUCUACUGUAUUUGAAAUUAAAACUGAGGAAAACUUUAUACCAAAACCAAACCAAACCUGCUGCCGUCGAGUCAAUUCCGACUCAUAGCGACCCUAUAGGGUAGAGUAGAAUUACUGCCCCAUAGAGUUCCCAAGGAGCGCCUGGCAGAUUUGAAUUACUGACCUUUUGGUUAGCAGCCGUAGCACUUAACCACUAUGCCACCAGGGUUUCUGAAAACUUUAUGUAUAUUAAAUAACAGUAAUAAAUGCAACCAACAGCAGCAACAACAAUAAACCCAUUACAUGUUAACAUAAAUAACAUACCUUUAUAAAAAUAAGAACUGCAUUCCAAAAAUACGUUUCACAUUUUUGAAAACCUCUUUAAUGUCUGUCUUAAUAGAAGCAAGCUGGAUUUUCCUAUCUGCCUAUGUAUUCAGUCUGUUCUGAUAACACAUAUCACGUAGCCUCUGGAAACCUAAAAGUGCACUCAUGAGAAAGAGUUAAAAAGGCCAUCGAUGUCUUGCUAUAAUUACGAAAAAAGAUUUGACCUUUGGCGACCUGUGGGGAUUUCUGGACCACACUUUGAGAAGAAUUGCAUUAUAACAUUUAAAAAAUAGAUAUGGUUUCUAAAAAAGUCUAUCCCUUAAUAUUUUCUAGUCUUUAUAUGAAAGUAACACUGUUUCAUAAAACUACCUAUGUUGGCUGAACUUAAUAGGAAAAUGGGGAAGUGUAACUGAAUCUUUGAAGAUUUUUGGUUGUGCCAUCAAAUAGCUAUGAUCUUCCUGGUGUUGCCCUACUCACUUACCUCACGCAUUCCCAGUGACCCCUCUUAAAUGUCCCAAUCACCUAACAAGUGGGGAAACAUCCCCCACCCCCACCAAGAUUCUGUAGCUUAGAAAAAGGAGGUGUUAUGGAUGAAGGGAAUGCAGCUGACCUUGCCCCCCUUUUCUCCAGCUGGGAGGGGAAGGAAAGAGAAAUAAAAUUUAAUGAGCAUUUUUAUUAUGUGCCAGGUGCUUUACAUAUGUUAUUUCAUUUUAAUCCCCAAAACAACCCUAGGAGAUAUUUUUAGCCACAUUUUGCACAUGAAUAUAGCAAGACUUAGGUUAAACAAGCCCAACACACAGCAUUUCAGUGACAGAACCUGACGUGAACGAGGGCAUCUUUAUUUCCAAGGUCUGCACAACGCCGUGCCUUGGUUUUUGCUUUUUCUUCAGUUCCUGCAGAUGGGAGUGUGUAUACUAAUGUUAUCCUGGCCUCAGUAGUGGCAUGAUAAUACAAUAAUUUGACUGCCCUGUGAGACUUAUUUUUGUGGGAUGAACUGCUUUCACAGGUUACAUUUUUUAAGGCCAAAGAGAUGUAUUUAUAAGAAAAGGUAUGUAUAUUUUCUCCAGUUUUAAUUUUUUCAAAAUAAACAAUUUUCCAUGUUUUACCAUGAAAUGCAGGAUUGCCUCUUUUUGUGUGCUCAGUUCUGUCACACGGAACAGCUAACUAUUCCAGAGGGAGAUUUUGCUUUUGCAAUCCUAAAAUGGCUGGUCAGAGUUUGUCAGAAUUCUAGUAAAGCCAAAUCCCUUCUCAGGAAUGCUGUUUUGUUCCAGGUCAUCCAGUACCGAAGAGAUAAGACUGCUUUGGGGGAAUGUCUUAAAGCCCGCUUGGGAUUGUUGAGGGAGGAAUAUUUUUCCUGCUUGUCCUGUGGAUGAUGUGGUGUUAUAUAGGUCUCACCUGGAGUGAGUUGGGGGCAUUCCAAAGAAGGUUUCUCAAAUUGGGUAGGCCAGAAUACACCACUACAAAUCCUAAAGUAAGACUUGGUGGAAAUCCUACAUUAUUCCAGCAUAUUCAGUAUUGUGUAGUUUUUAAAAGUAAUAUACUAUCUACACCUUAACGAGCACUGGUGGCGCGGUGGUUAAAGCGAUUGACUGCUAACCAGAAGGUUGGUGGUUCAAAACCACUGGCAACUCUGAGGGAGAAAGAUGUGGCAGUCUGCUUCUGUAGAAGUUUAUAGCCUUGGAAACCCUACGAGAUUGCUGUGAGUUGGAAUCAACCUGAUGGCAGUGGUUUCGGUUAAGGUUUGCGUAUACCCCUUAGUUGUGUGUAUGUAAUUUUCCUGUAUUUAAGGUGAAGCCUCUCAUAUCUAGCAUCGUCCACCACCUCGCCCUAGAAAUAAGAAACAAAACAAACAAAAAUCAAAUAGACCUUUAAGUCUUAAAUAGCUGCCACAAAGCUAGUCAGAUUAGAGGUUGCAACUGACCUGAGCACAAAGAAUUCGCUGGAAAAAAGGUUAACAGUAUGGAAGAGAGGAAUCAUUAUGAUAGCUAAUAGUAGAGAAAUGUAACAAAAACCCCUAUUUUAAAAAUACUGUCACCUACUACAGGGAAAGAGUCCUGGUGGUUCAAUGGUUAAGCGUUCAGCUGGUAACCGAAAGGCCCAAGGUUUGAACCCACUUGCAGCUCCCGGGGAGAAAAGACCCAGCAACCUGCUCUUGUAAAUUUUAUUCUGACUCAUGGUGACCCCAUGUGGGUCAGUAGAACUGUGCUCCAUAGGGUUUUCAAAGGCUGUGACCUUUUGGAAGUAGAUCGCCAGGCCUUUUUUCAAGGCACCUAUUAUAGAUUGAAUUGUGUCCCCCAAAAAGAUGUGUCAGCUUGGCUAGGUCAUGACUCCCGGUAAUGUGUGGCUGUCCUCCAUUUUGUGAUCUGAUACAGUUACCUAUGUGUUGUAAAUCCUAACCUCUAGGAAUCCACGGCACUGGGUUUUGGUACGAUGUUAAUGAGGCAGGGUUAGAUAGAGUUAUGUUAAUGAGACAGGACACAAACUACAGGUUUAGGUUGUAUCUUGAGUCAGUCUCUUUUGAGAUACAAAAGAGAGAAGUAAUCUUCACAUGUAAGUUCAGUGACAUAAAGUUCAUCAAGUUGUUCACCCAUCACCCUAACAGCUCAGUGUCCCCUAAUUGUUGACUCCACUUAGCCUUUGAAUUAAGUUGUUUUGAAGUCUUUUUUUUUUUCUUUACAAAAACAGUAAAUAGGUAAGGUAUUAAAAUUGGAUAAUAUAUGAGGAUUUUUUCCCCUUGCAUAAUUGUGUGAUAUCAGUGUUCAGUCUAUUUUACUUCCUGUUAAUUUGCAUAACUCACAUGAAUCAAGAAGGUAAUUUUUGCAAAACUAUUGAUCGUCAAUUUUCAUCAGUUUUUCCUAAGGACCUCUUUGAUAGUUAAAUCGGUUUAUUAUGAAGCACCUAUAAUGUUAUGCCCUUGUAGAGUCUUCUCUUUAAAGUCUAGCUAGUCUAACUCUUUUGGAUCCUUAAUUGUUUUGGCUUAAUCUAUGGUUGUGAAAGUUCUCCAAUAUGGCUUUUAUAGAGAGAUGAAGACACUUAAGGAGAGAUGAUAGUGUUAAGUGGGGAGGGAUCGAUAUUAUAAAUGAUCAAUUUAUGACAACUAUUUUCCUAUUAAUGAGCCCUGGUAGCACGGUGGUUAAGUUCUUGGCUGAUAACCAAAAGGUCUGUAGUUCGAACCCGCCAGUCACUCCACAAGAGAAAGAACUGGUGAUCUGCUUCCAUAAAGACUACAGCCUUGAAAACUCUAUGGGGCACUUCUGCUCUGUCCUGUAUGGUCACUAUGAGUCGGGAUAGACUUGAUGCAACGGGUUUGGUUUUGUCGUUUAUUUUCCUAUUAUGACAACUGAUUUCCUGGUUAUAUGUAACAGGUGGAAAACAGAGAUUACCUGCAUUGAACAUACAGAAUAUAUUUGUGAAAUUUUGGGACUCCCUGUUAUGAGCCAUAGAUAUUGUCUUCUUUUGUGCCUGUCCCACAGAAUUUUAAUUCUAGGUUUAUAAUGCAUCUAAUAUAGAUUAAGGCAAGACUUCCCUUAUAAUUCUUCAUUUUUGAAAUUUUCUUGGGUAUUUACUUUUUUUAUUUGAUCUUUUUCUCAUAAGAAAAUUAUGAGAUUAUAGUUGUUUAAAAAUAUAAUUACAUUUACUUUUAUUCUUGUGAUUAAAAAAAAAAAAAAACUCCUUGAUCAAAAGAGACAAAGUACCCAUUCUGAGACAGGAAAAAUCAAAGGUUAUCAUAUUAUAAUUUUCAGAAAUUCUUAUUGUGAAGUAGUAAUGGUAACUUUUUUUUUAAGGUAAUAUUCUAUUCUAAUGAUUUAUUUGGUAAAAAUUAUUAUAAUAGUUUCCUCCCUCUACUGUUACUGAAUAUGAGCUAUCAAGAUGAAAUUACAUUACUCUGAAAGAUUACUUCUAAGUUGAGCAGUGUUUCUUCCAAUUCUUUGGCCUGGGCAGCCUCUCUCAGGGAAGACAGUCAGCAGGGUUCAAAUGUUCCAUGUAUGAGCUCCAGGCAUUGUCUGGUGGUCUUUCUUGUGUCACACAUUUCUGCAGCUUCCAGAGUUCCCACAUGGCAAAGGUCCUUCUCUUUGUGAAUGAAGGAGAAGCCAAAGAUACACUGGCCAGCUCAAUACAUUUCAAAUAAGUAGCAUAGACAGUGAGAGGCCUCUAAGGGCUUCAUUUUGUACCACUCAUGAUUCUGUCAGGCUCCUGGAACGCUAAGGUAAAUCUCAGUCCUGGAAAUUCCCAAAAGGAUCCCCCUCUCAUUGCCUUGGGACUAUUCCUGGCCCCUGAACGCAGCUUUCACAGGUGGGGUGGAACUGAAUGGGUGUGUCAAGUAAAAUUCAGGGUCUAACCUUCCUAUGAGUGUAGGGAAGGAGAAUGUGGAAGAUUUGUCCCCUACCAGGCAGGACAGGACUGACUGGCAGGUGGUGGUUUUCAGUUCGCUAUAAGCUGCAGCUUGAGCUGUCCAAGGGGAACUUGUUGUCUGUGUGGGGUGGGUGUCUGAUCUCUGGAGGUUCUAAGAGCGGCCAGAGGGCCAUCAGUCAGGAAGGCUGCUGAUGAUUCCUGUGUGGUUGUAAGUUUAAGUUACAAGACCUCUCUACAUUCUUUUCUUACUGAGUGAUUUUAUACAUGCACACAUGGUGUGAGUAUGCUUAACAACCUUAUAUGUUGUACCAGCUUGGCUCUGUAGUAUAUGGAAGAAAAUAAUGAUUGCGAGUUGCUUGGUGGUAUGUGUGUAUAAGGUUUAGUGGGCCCUACAGUUCCAUCAGCAGGCUUUGCUCAUAGGUGCUGCCACAUCGGGGCAUAUGUUAGUCAUGCUACAGAAAGGAUUAUUAAAUUAAAAAAAAAAAAUUCCCUGGUCAAGGUUUGUAAAAAGGACACCCCCCUCAGAGUUGUGGUUUUAGUUGGAGGGGGCUGGUGGCUGCUUGGAAUAAGAGUGUGUUGGAGGGAGGAGUUUGCUGGGAAGAAAGGUGAGCUGGUAGGCUCCACUUUAAAAAGGAAAAGGGAAGAAGGAAGAAAACCAUUGAUCUAGAGGAUUUUUGUCUCGUUUACCCCAGAGUCAGAAUGGAGUAGAUGAUGACAUGUUAGUGCUGUAAUCCAACAACUUCCAGGAGGUAUGAUGGUGGUAUACUGCAGUUUCCACUUGAGCGGCACAGUAACGGAACCUGCAAUACAAUCGGAGCCAGAAACUGUUUGCAACGUGGCCAUCAGCUUUGAUCGUUGCAAGAUUACCUCAGUGACCUGCAGCUGUGGAAACAAGGACAUAUUUUAUUGUGCCCAUGUUGUGGCACUGUCUUUAUACCGCAUCCGCAAACCAGAUCAGGUCAAACUGCAUCUUCCCAUUUCAGAGACUCUCUUUCAGAUGAAUAGAGACCAACUACAAAAGUUUGUACAGUAUUUGAUCACAGUGCACCACACAGAAGUUUUGCCAACAGCUCAAAAAUUAGCAGAUGAAAUUCUUUCCCAGAAUUCUGAGAUCAACCAAGUUCAUGGUGCUCCUGAUCCAACAGCAGGUGCUAGUAUAGAUGAUGAAAACUGCUGGCACUUAGAUGAAGAGCAGGUUCAAGAACAGGUUAAAUUGUUCCUUUCCCAAGGCGGGUACCACGGAUCAGGGAAGCAACUUAAUUUGCUCUUUGCUAAGGUGCGGGAGAUGUUGAAGAUGAGAGACUCCAAUGGGGCCCGCAUGUUGACCUUGAUAACAGAGCAAUUCAUGGCCGACCCCCGCCUGUCACUGUGGAGGCAGCAAGGCACUGCGAUGACUGACAAAUAUAGGCAGCUCUGGGACGAGCUGGGUGCUCUGUGGAUGUGUAUAGUUUUAAAUCCCCACUGCAAGUUGGAGCAGAAGGCCAGUUGGCUAAAACAGCUGAAAAAAUGGAACAGUGUUGAUGUCUGUCCAUGGGAAGAUGGAAAUCCUGGCAGUGAGUUACCCAACCUAACCAAUGCUCUGCCUCAGGGUGCAAAUGCCAACCAAGAUUCAUCGAACAGGCCACAUCGGACAGUGUUCACCCGAGCCAUCGAGGCAUGUGAUCUUCACUGGCAGGAUAGCCACUUGCAGCACAUUAUCAGCAGUGACCUAUACACCAACUACUGUUACCAUGACGACACUGAAAACUCCCUCUUUGACUCCCGCGGGUGGCCCCUCUGGCAUGAACAUGUUCCUACAGCCUGUGCAAGAGUGGAUGCCUUACGAUCUCAUGGCUAUCCGAGAGAAGCACUGAGACUAGCAAUAGCUAUUGUUAACACGUUAAGGCGACAGCAGCAGAAACAGUUGGAAAUGUUCCGAACUCAAAAAAAAGAGCUACCCCAUAAAAGCAUCACCUCAAUAACCAACCUGGAGGGCUGGGUCGGACAUCCGUUGGACCCCGUGGGCACUCUCUUCAGUAGCCUCAUGGAAGCCUGCCGCAUUGACGAUGAAGGCUUCUCUGGUUUCUCAGAUUUUACAGAGAAUACGGGACAGUGUAAGUCUCUGGAGUACCAGCAUCUACCUGCACACAAACUCUUAGAAGAAGGGGAAUCUUAUUUAACACUGGCUGUGGAAGUAGCCCUGAUCGGGCUGGGACAGCAGCGUAUCAUGCCUGAUGGGCUGUACACACAAGAGAAGGUUUGCCGGAACGAGGAGCAGCUCAUUUCUAAGCUUCAGGAAAUUGAAUUGGAUGACACACUGGUGAAAAUUUUUCGCAAGCAAGCAGUCUUCCUAUUAGAAGCCGGACCAUAUAGUGGUUUAGGCGAAAUAAUCCACCGGGAGAGCGUUCCAAUGCACACAUUUGCCAAGUAUCUCUUCACCUCUCUCCUACCUCAUGAUGCUGAAUUGGCAUACAAAAUUGCACUGAGAGCAAUGCGGUUACUAGUAUUGGAAUCUACUGCUCCAACAGGAGACCUCACUCGCCCCCACCACAUUGCGUCAGUUGUUCCCAACCGAUACCCUCGUUGGUUCACGUUAAGCCACAUAGAAUCCCAGCAGUGUGAGCUGGCGUCCACCAUGCUAACUGCAGCCAAAGGCGAUGUUCGGAGGCUGGAAACAGUAUUAGAAUCCAUCCAGAAAAACAUUCACUCCUCAUCACACAUCUUCAAGCUUGCCCAAGAUGCAUUUAAAAUAGCAACUCUCAUGGACAGUUUGCCAGACAUCACUCUUUUGAAAGUGUCUCUGGAGCUGGGGCUGCAGGUUAUGCGAAUGACACUGUCAACCUUAAAUUGGCGACGUCGGGAGAUGGUGAGGUGGCUGGUAACGUGUGCUACUGAAGUCGGUGUUUAUGCCCUGGACAGCAUCAUGCAGAGCUGGUUUACGCUGUUUACUCCCACUGAGGCCACAAGUAUAGUUGCAACCACCGUGAUGUCCAACAGCACCAUCGUCCGCCUCCACCUGGACUGCCACCAGCAGGAAAAACUGGCCAGCAGUGCCCGGACACUUGCAUUGCAGUGUGCCAUGAAGGACCCUCAGAACUGUGCCCUCUCUGCGCUGACCCUGUGUGAGAAGGAUCACAUAGCUUUUGAGACAGCGUACCAAAUUGUUCUUGACGCUGCUACGACCGGCAUGAGCUACACACAGCUCUUUACAAUAGCACGGUACAUGGAGCAUCGCGGGUACCCCAUGAGGGCCUACAAGCUGGCCACCCUGGCCAUGACCCAUCUCAACCUGAGCUACAAUCAGGACACACACCCUGCCAUUAAUGACGUUUUAUGGGCCUGUGCGCUCAGCCACUCCCUUGGCAAAAAUGAGCUUGCAGCUAUAAUACCUCUGGUGGUUAAGAGUGUCAAGUGUGCAACGGUACUGUCAGACAUUUUGCGCAGAUGCACUCUGACCACUCCUGGCAUGGUGGGACUUCAUGGAAGGAGGAACUCUGGUAAGCUUAUGUCACUGGACAAAGCUCCCUUGAGGCAACUCUUGGAUGCCACGAUCGGGGCCUACAUCAACACAACGCACUCACGACUCACACACAUCAGUCCUCGGCACUAUAGUGAGUUUAUAGAGUUCCUCAGCAAGGCCCGAGAGACCUUCUUAAUGGCGCAUGAUGGACACAUUCAGUUUACACAGUUCAUUGACAACCUGAAACAAAUCUACAAAGGCAAAAAGAAACUGAUGAUGUUGGUUCGGGAGAGGUUUGGUUGAUAGAACUUGUUUGAAUGGGGUGGGGUGGGGAUGGGAGGGAUGGUUUGUUUUUACUUGAGCCUGCCUUUGUACCCUUUUUAACUUAACGAACAGAGCCACACCGGUAUUAUAUGUGUAUAGUUAUAUUGCGUUUGCAGACUAAAUUGUCAUGUUGUGAAAGUUUGUGUGUUUUUAAUUUUUUCCCUUUUUCUUUUUUUCUUCUUCUUUUUUUCCUUUUCUCUUUAUUUUAUUUUGGUUAUGUAUGAGAGAGAGGUUAAAAAGGUUUGGUUUACACUGAGUAUAUGUUGUCAAGUGGCAAAAGUCCACAUAGCUCUCCUGUUUUCUGUAUACGUUCACAGCCUCAAAAAUAAUAAUAAUAAUAAUUGAAAUGGCUUUAAAAACCAAACAAAACACCUCCAUCCUGUGAUAAGUACCUCGAAUGGAUUCAGCUUUACUCCUUUGUAACUCAUCUUUACAUUUUCAGCAUAUUUAAACAAACCAACAAAAUGAAAUACUAAUAGUUAAAAGGCUGACCCACGUGGCUUUGCAGUGCUGUCCGUCCAGAAGCAUGGCACACGAUGCUUGUGCAUGUGGAAACUUAGCGACUGUCAACAUACAUUCUCAGGGAUUUAUCAAAAAAAAAAAAAAAAAAAAAAUUAAAAAAAGAA